AUGCUUGCAAUCUAUUUCCAUUUGUGCUCAUCUGAGACAUUUGAUCUCAGAGAUAAGUGGAUUGAAGAUGGAGAUAAUACUGUCCAGCAUACAUUUGGUUCUGAAUACAAUCAAUUUAUUCAUACCGGAUCAAAAUACUAUGAUGUCCAAAGUUAUGAUAGCAUGCCAGCUGUAACAGGUCAAAUAUACAUAUUUAAGACAUAA